AUGCUGAUCGUGACGCUGGUGUUGGUGCUUCUGUUCCUCCUGCCCCAGAGCGUCGUCUGUGGGACCAAAAGGGCAAAAUGCCCAUUGAAUUUGUCUGAGGAUAAAAUGAGCCCCGUCAAUUAUUAUAGGCAAGGAGACUACCUUAUUGGAGGGAUCCUACCGAUAUCUGCUGCCUAUCGAACAGAAGUCAUCUUCAAGGAGCCUCCCAGAGUUCAUGGAGAUCCAAUCACAAACUUCGUGAGCGUCUUGGCCUUCCUGUUUGCCAUUCAGGAGAUCAAUCAGAACCCCCGGCUCUUGCCCAAUGUCACUUUGGGGUACAACAUCUACGACAACUACGGUGACGCAAGUCUGAGUUAUGAUGGCUUGUUCUACCUGUUCUCCUCUGGGCAAAAUAAUAUUCCGAACUAUCACUUGGGAAGAGAGAAGACCCUCCUGGCUGUUGUCGAAAGGGAUGAGUCUGAAAUCUCCAUCCAGAUUUCACAUCUGAUGGGCAUCUUCAAAAUCCCACAGGUCAGUUAUGGGUUUGUUUCCUACAUUCUUAAUGAUCCGGUUCAGUUCCCUUUUUUCCAUCGGACGGUUCCGAAAGAGGAGCAGCACUACCCGGGGAUUGUCAGACUGCUGGUGCAUUUCGGAUGGACGUGGAUCGGUCUCAUCGCAUCAGACACUGAGAACGGAGAACAGUUCCUGAGAGUCUUUCCUCCUCUGGCCAGGAGGAGAGGGACAGUCAAAAGGAUAGAAUUCCUCACUUAUCUAAUGCUGUACCCUUCUAUCGAGCAGUUUUGGGAGCAGGCCUUUCAUUGCAUGUAUUCAAAGCCCGCUUUGGCUGUGAAAGGCCAAGUCAGCUGUGCAGAGAGAGAGAAUCUGGAGGACCUUUCCCAGGAUAUGAUAGAAAUAAUUCAUUCUCGAGACAGCUACCUGACCUUCCAUGCUGUCCACACUGUGGCACGAGCCUUACACGCCGCUUACUCACUGGGAUCUAAGCAGAGAAUUGGCAGAGGCAGCUUGGGAUCCCACACAGUACAGCCCUGGCAGCUGCAUGCUUUCCUGAGGAACAUCCCACUUUACAACACUUCCACAGGUGAAGUGUACUUGGAUGAGAACAGGGACGUUGCAGUAGAUUUUGACAUUGUGCAGUGGGUGGGAUUUCCCAAUAACUCCCAUGGAGGAGUGAAAGUUGGGACCGCGGAGAGACAACCAUCCCAAGAGGUCAAAAUCACCAUUGACCAGGAGGCUAUAAUGUGGCCCAAGCGGUUAAACCAGUCCAUCCCCUGUUCAAGGUGUUCCGAGAGCUGUCAGCCUGGACAAGCCAAGAUGACUCAGGAAGGGCGGCCAUUUUGUUGCUAUGAUUGUGUUCCUUGCCCAGAAGGAACCUUCUCCACAAGGGAAGAUGCAGACCAGUGUGAUAAAUGUCCAGAAGAUCAACAUCCAAACAGUGACCAAUAUAAAUGUGUGUUGAAGGCUACAACCUUUCUGUCCUACGAGGAAUCUCUGGGGGUUACCCUAACUGUCAUUCCUCUGUUCUUGUCCCUAAUCACUGGUGGCAUUUUAGGACUCUUCAUUAAAUUCCGAGAUACUCCAGUAGUCAAAGCCAACAACCGGGACCUCACCUACAUUCUCCUGGUUUCUCUCCUGCUCUCCUUCCUCUCCUCCUUUCUGUUUAUUGGCCAGCCAACAAAGGUGACAUGUCUCCUUCAACAAGCCACCUUCAGCAUCAUCUUCUCAAUCUCUGUCUCUUCUGUCUUGGCCAAAACCAUCACUGUGGUGGUGGCCUUCAUGGCAACAAAGCCAGGGAACAGGGUGAGGAAGUGGCUGGGCAAGAAUUUGGCCAACUCCAUCAUCAUCUCCUGUUCCAGUCUCCAAGUUGGCCUCUGCAUCAUCUGGCUGGGAACCUCUCCCCCCUUCCCAGAGUCCGACAUGCACUCCCAGGCUGGGCAGAUCACGCUGCAAUGCAACGAAGGGUCUGUGGCCAUGUUUUAUGGUGCCCUGAGCUACAUGGGCUUCCUGGCUGCCGUCUCUUUCACGGUGGCUUUCCUGGCCAGGAACCUGCCUGGGGCCUUCAACGAGGCCAAGCUGAUCACCUUCAGCAUGCUGGUGUUCUGCAGCGUUUGGGUGUCCUUUGUGCCCACCUACCUGAGCACGAAGGGGAAAUACAUGGUAGCCGUGCAGGUCUUCUCCAUGCUGGCCUCCAGUGCUGGACUGCUGGGUUGCAUCUUUAUCCCCAAAUGCUACAUUAUUUUAAUGAGGCCUGAUCUCAAUACCAAGCAGCAUUUAAUGACAAAACUGAACAGCUAA